AUCUAUCUAUCUGUCUAUCUAUCUAUCUAUCUGUCUAUCUGUCUAUCUAUCUAUCUAUCUAGUAUAUUUCUAUAUACUUGUGCUGUAACUAUACUUAUCAAUUAUGUUUACAUAAAUGUAGCAUAUGGGUAUCUACAUAUUGAUCCAUUUAAAGGAACUACUGAAUAUAUAUUGUGAUCAGUAAGAAACGCCUAGUUAGUGAGACUACUCUAAAAUUUAAAUAAACUUGAAUAAACUUGUUAAACAUUGUUAACAAUAUUGAAUUUAUAUUUUUAAUUGUUGCCUCACCAGAUUGUUGCCUAUAUUCAUUAUAAAUGAUGAGCUCUCUCAGCUUAAUCAGUUCAUUUUUAAAUGUAAUUGUUUGACAGGUAGUCACAUUUGAAAGCUGGAUAUGAAUUAGCUCGAGGAAAUACAAUUUCGAAUAGCUCUAAAUAGUUUAACCUAUAAAUAUGAAUCUUUAGAAUUACAGUGUACAGCUGUCACUCACUAACUCACAAAUUGGAAAAUUUCCUAUGACAUCACCUAACUUCACCACCUGCAGCCUGUGAGGAAAUGAGAAUCAGCUCAGCUGUAAUUUUUGUCUUUUCUGCCAACAACACCUAACGAAUUAGCUUCAAGCCAAAUAUGGCUCUUAAAAAACAGUGUUGAAGUUAUUCAUAUCCUAACAAACUGCUGAAAAAUAUAAACUAUAAAGAAAUACAAAGAUAUUACUUUUUCUUUUAGCAAUGGGCCUAUAUGCUAUAAAGUUGGUCGUGUUGGUGUGUGGCAUAUAUUGGCCAGGUUUUUUAGAGAUACAACAUAUUAGUCAUGGGCCUAAAAUGUAAAAAUAUCAAAUAAUCUCAUGUCACAGCUGUUAACUACAAUAACAAAAUAACUACACACUCAAAAGAUUAAAGAUCAAUGUUUUUGCAAAUGACAGAGAGAACUAAAUCUGCAUUUUAUUUUCUAUGUUUUGUUCAACCUACAAACUGUACUUUAUCCCCCACAUGCCACUUUUAUCCCAUCAUGCCGUGUGCAGUGAAUUGUCAUGAUCAGGGGACGUGAAUGGUUAAAUCAACUGCAUCCAUGAGGCAUGGCCCGGUCACAUCUACAACACAGGCCUCAAACAUAUAUGACCCAUUUAGAAACCAAUACAUGUAGAGUAGACAGUCUGCAACAAGUCUGGUUGUUACUAAACUAUUGAACUAUACUAUAUUACUCUUACUAUAAAACUGUAUGAAAGCCUCAGUCACAAAUUUAGAUAUCCUUCCUUUAAAUAAACCAACUACAGUUGUCUAUUUAGUUUAUUUGUUUAAAGAAACAUUCAUCUGGCUGCAAAUACCGGUGUUGAGAAAAUUAUGUCACAUAUUACGGCUUUUUUGUUUUUGUAUUGUGUCUCACCAAUGUUGUGGUGGAAACAUUUACAAUGAAUGCAUUUGGUAAGAUUUCUGUCCGGCCUGCUAAGCUCCGAGUGUAACUCGGCCAGCAGAAUUAACGGCAAGUUAUAAAUCAGGUGAUGUAAAGCACAUACUUUAUACCAGCACCAUAAUUCAAUUAUCUGUAAAGGUCCAGUCAGUGAAUGGCCUAUUGCCUGUAAAAAAAAAAGUGAAGUAGGAACAGCCAAGGAGAGCACAUCUCCUGCAUGAGAUAAACAAACUGUUUACCAGCCUCUGGCUUCUCCUUUCAACGGUGCCAGUCACACAAUUUGUAGCACAGGCUCAUACCUUGGCCAUGUCAGCUUGUCUCCAUGGCGUAUCGUCAGGCCUAACCUCAUGGGAGAGUUCACUUGUAUUUUCAGGCUUGCUUCACUGCGCACCAAAGUGACACAAAGCCCCAUUCAUGGCUGAGAGUGGCUCCAUUCAUGGACAUCGAGUACUUGCCGGUAGAAUUCAUAAUUGUUCAGCGUCUUCCAUCUCCGAGGAUCACUGGCGGAAAUGACGCAACACUCGGUUGUUUUAGGGAUGACAUAAAUAUUCAAAUGUAGCAUGGAGUCACUGUUUUGUUUGUGGUGGGGUUUGUGUUGCAUUAUGCAUGCGCUGCAUUGUCUGCUUCCCACGUCAACUAUCGGCCUGUCAGUGACAUGAAACAGAGCAGGACUUAGAAGAAUGAGAUUGUAGUGUUAUAGUAAAAUUGAGAUCUUGAGUUGCCCUCCGGGCGAGAAGGAGGCAGGUUACUAAUUAGUGGUUUGCUGGAGAAUUGCUGCAUGGUUCAAUUCUAUAGUCAGGAACAGACAUUUAUAGUGUAUUUUCCUUUCGGUGCAUUUUAUUUUGAAAUGUAGGUGAUUAUGAUCAUGAAGCAGAUGGAUUUGCGUAAUAAAUAAUGUUUUUAUGGGUUAAAUGUAGUGGUCAAAUUUCAUGAAUGUAAACUGUAUGUGACAACUGACGAAGGGCCACAUGUUUUGAGCAGCAGAGGGAAUGAAUACUUUGCGUGUUGCUGACACAGGGGCAUCGCUCAGUUUUAAACCACUUCAGUUGUCAAGCGGUCUCUUCAACAAAACCUUUGACCCUCCACCUUGUGAGUAAAGUAAGGAAGCAAGGCGUAUGUGUCUCCUGUCACAUAAAAGCAGGAUGACUAGUAUAUCCGUCACAACAAACAGAAAAUGAUCGAUAUCAUCAUUAUCGGCCCUCAAGUUCCAUAUUAAUCUCUGAGGAUGACCGUGACCUGACCCAGAAUACAUGUGUUCAUCUCCACGUAAAGGGGAUGCCAGUUGGUGUUUGUCUUUCUUUAAGCUUUUUUAAUUCAAUACAAAAUUAAACAACACUUUUUUUCAUUACUCAGCAGAUAGUAACAUAUUUCAGGCAAUACCUAAUAUCAUACGUGUGUCUCAGUGGUGGAGUUUGUCAUGCAGUAACACAGGAAUGCUGCACAAUUAGCCCCUGUUGUAAGGGCGGAUACUGCAGGGUUUCAUGGUCACAGAGAGGAAGGAGGGCGACGAGUACUGCUGCCCUCCCACAUCUGACCCAGAGGUUGUGCAACAGCCUGCUCAUCAGACAAAUGGCUUUAAGCUGGAACCACAAAGAGACACACACAUGGCAGCUGCCCGAGCAGACGAAAGUCAUUUACUGGGCUUUUGUUGUGACUGUUAUUUCUUAAAGGCUCACCUAAAACGAUGGGAGGGUUUCAGGAAUCUGUCUGCUGUCUAGAAUGAAGCUGUGAUGGGUUCGAUGGAGCUGACUUGUGUUCAGAUACCAAACACGCCUUCAUGCUUUUUGAGAUCACAAUUUCUACCACAAAAUGGCUGGAAGUCAGAAUAACUACUGGUCACAACAUGACCUGAACAGAGAGUGUUUUGGCCUGAGUGCUGACAUGGAACAAAACCUGACGGAGCUUCAACAGCAGCAAAUGGACAAGGAACUUAACUGCAACAUCUCCCAGUCUCCUUUCUACUCUGAUACGUACCGCCUAGUGUCUGAUAACACGCUACGGCCUCAUGAGGGAGACCAGGUGGUCCCUUCUUCCCAGAGACGGACGGUGUUUGGGGGCCACCAGAGAGAAGCCAAACCCCUGCCGCCUCUGCCUGACCCUGAGGAGGUCAUGUCUGAUGAGGCCGCCGAUAGUGAGGUGGAGUUUUUUACCAGUGACCGACGGCGCCUUUUGCCCAAAAGCUGUCCCAAGGCCAUGUGCAGGGGCACAAACAGAGACUUCGGCCAGGUGAAUUACGCCUACCAGGAGAGCUCGUGGCGGGCUGGUGGUGCGGGGACCGGCUCCAUGGCUUUCUCGUGGCCAAGCAGAGAGCACAGACCAACCCGAGGAAGUGGGUUUUGGGCACUAGCUGCCCAGAGAGAACACCACCAGCAUGUGGCGUCAGCAGUCGGGGAUGAUUUGUCUAGCAAACAGCCAGACCACCACAGACUCCGGUUUCCCUGUUCAGGCCCUGCUUCCCAGCCUGUCCACAGCAGCGCCUCAACCUGCCCCACUGACAGGCCGCUAAUCCCUCCUCGUAUCCCCAUCCCGCCAAAGCCUCCUGCUCUCUCAAAGACUGUGAGCUCCAGCGAGGAAGACAAGCCUCCCAAAAUACCUCCAAGGGUCCCCUUAGUCCCACCCUGCCCACCACGUACCCCGAGCCCCAAGAGCCUUCCAAUUUAUAUCAACGGAGUGAUGCCUGCCACACAGAGUUUUGCUGCUAACCCAAAUUAUGUGAGUAAGGCAUUGCAGAGACAGCAGAACGAAAGGGUGCCACCCGCAGCUCAGUUUUCCCCCUGCAUUGUUCCCAUUGUGAAGGACGGCAGGAAGGCCAGCGCUACACACUACAUCCUCCUACCGCCGGGCCGACCGGCGUACUCGGACAGACGAGAGAGACUCCUGAGUGAACCAGCCAGGAUGGGGAACAGCAGCGUCUGGCAGAACAGAUAGAAACCAUGACUUAUGUCCCAGUCUGAAGCUUGAGGAGUACAAAACUGUGACUGACAUCAUUAAUAACCAUGUGGUACACAAUUGUGCCGAGUGUGUGAAAACAUUUACAUGCUACAUUCACACGUCUAAUGUCAUAUUGGUGUUAUUUUUAAUGACUUUAUGUUUUUCAAGAUCACUUAUGUCACAAAACACUGUGAGGGUUUUUAAUCUUACCGGUCAGUAUUUCAGCAACAUGAAAAUAAUUAAAACAUUCCAGUGUUUUCACUAACAGAUGAGAAUAUUUACAUAACCGUUUUCAAUUUGGGUUUGCACAGAUUCUGCCGUUGUCUCACAGUGAACAUGUCUUAUCACUCGUUCACUUUGAAGUCUGACAGCCAUAUGCUCAUAUCACUAAUACUAUAUUUCUUACAAGAGAACAAAUAAUUACUGUACGUACAAGCUGGGCUUGUACCAAACUGAUCAUCCCAUGUGCGGUUUUUUUUUUUAAUGACGAUGCUGCUUGAAAAUCUUAAGUAUGAUUUAUUGAUAUAUUUAAUGUUUUGCUGAAUCAUUCUCACAUUAAGAUUCAUGUUAAAUUCAACAAUGUGGCCGAUAUUUGCGCGACAACAAUCAAACCAUGCUUUGAACAGUGAAACAAACAGCUGAUAAACCUCAACUUCUGUUUCUACUUCAGUGCUUAUGACUUUUGCAGGCUUUUUGAGCAAACCACAGCCGACCUGCAAAAUACAAUGUAAGUAUUGACUCUUGCAUCAUAUUCUCUGCUCAUGUGCACAAAGUUGAAUCUAAAGGAAUGAAAAGAGUGGCCUCACCACCUGAACACAGGACUGAAACCUGCGGCCAUCCUCAAAAUGAUUGACAGGUCUUUUUAAUACAUAUGAAGUACACAACUCUUUACUCUUUCAGUAAAACACGCUUCCAUUUUCACUUAUGGUCAGUUGAGAAACUUUUAAUCAUUAUGAUGAAUUGUUUUUAUGUAUGUGCUUUUAUCUCAAACAAUGUAUGUUUAAAAAAGUACAUAUUUGGGCCUUUAAUGAUUCUGUAUUUGUGUGUGUGUGUGUGUGCGCAUGGAAGUCAUGUUACGUUUACACUGUAGAGAUGCAGACCCCCCCGUCUACAACCUUUGUUACAUCAACAGGUUGGAAGUUCUCAUGAAGAUUCUGUGUCAGAUUUGGCCCAAGCUAAAACUGUUAAGUUCAUAAUGUUAAUGUCAAAAGUAAAUAAUUGUAAAAUUGUUUUUUUAAUCUAUUUAUAGAAAUAAAAUAACUUAUUCAUUCUAUGAA